AGAGAGAGAGAGAGGAGAGGUAGGACGACCUCCUCCUCCUCCAUCUCCUCCUCCUCAAGGGUUUUUAGGUUUCCCUGGCCUACCUUUCGAGGAAGCUCAAGUCAAGUCCUUUGUGAUUUCCUUUUUGAGUGUUGCUAUUGCCUUUCCACCCGAGAGAGAGAGAGAGACGGAGAGAGACAACAGCACACGAGCAGAAGUGCAGCUCGACAUCCUGCAGAUCUGAAGGUGUUCUCAUGGAAAGAGGAGCGUUACCUAUUGACCCACGAGAAAAGAAGCAAGUGAUGGAGAGAAAAGAGUAACAAGAAAAGAGUGAAGGAAGAGAGAGAGAGAGAGAGAGAGAAGAUGCAGUCAGGCUAUGGAGGAGUGUCUGAGAUCCAAAAAUUCAUGGUGGACAGCUGCGGCUCCUCGCUCUUCUCCAUCUCCUCGGCGAACCCCACAACUGUCGGGGCAGGCGCCGUCGACACCCCCACCACCGACAUCCACUCCGCGGCCCUUCACCCCCUGAAGUACCAUCCCCUCCCUCAACCUCACCAGCCGCAACCACAGGCGUCGCCGCCGCUGCCUCCCCACUUCUCCCACUUCCACUCCGUCUCCAUCACCCAGCAGCUCUUCCAUCACCCCGCCCACCAGUUCCAGCUCUUCCACCCUCAGCAGCAGUACCUGGAACCAAGGCAGCUCAUUCCACAGCACCAGCUGGGCCUGGAUCAUGAGCCGGCUCCGGAAAACUCCUCGUCGCCAACAAGAAUCAUCCCCGGCAGCAGCAGCGGCGGAGGGCCAUCAUUUCUGACGGCGGCGAUGAGCUUCAAGCUGUCUGUGAACGACAGCAGCGGCGGCGGCGGCGGCGGCGGCAACCGGGAGGGGAUCAAUGACAAUGACUCCAUUUUGCAGGGAGAUGAUGGAAGUGAGAGUCGUCUCCACCACUGGCAGAGAGAGGACGAGUCUUCCAUCAAAGAGCUAUCAUGGAGGCCACUGGAUCUGGACUACAUCAACAGGAACCACAAGAGGUGCAAGGAUAAGGAGGCCGAGACCUCAAAUAGCAAGCACUGCAGGAAGAACAAAGAGGGGGACGAGACAGAAGAUGUACAAGUCGCCGGUGGCAGCAACUACAAGAUCUUUAGUGAGCUCGAGGCCAUCUACAACAAGCCUGGGGGUGGAGCCAAUCAGACGGGCUCAGGUUCCGCCCUCACUGGUGAUGAGGCCCCUCUCUUGCAUGCCACCACCGUCGCCGCCCCGGGGCCACCUGCAGCCGAUGAGGAAGAGGAGGCGACGGCCAAGAAGUUGUCUAAGGGAAGCGGAAGGCGGAGGAGGAAGUGGCGGCAGCGGCAGCUGAGCUCGGUGGCUGCCUUCUUUGAGGACCUCGUGAAGCAGCUCAUGGACCACCAGGAGGACCUCCACAGGCAAUUCUUGGACGUGAUGGAGAGGAGGGAGCAGCAGAGGAUCAGCCGCGAGGAGGCGUGGAGGAAGCAGCAGGUGGCGAAGUCCAGCCGCGAGGCUGCCACAAGAGCCCAAGAACGCGCUCUUGCCUCCUCACGCGAGGCCGCCAUCAUCUCCUUCAUCGAGAAGUUCACCGGCGAGAGCCUCAAUCUCCCUUGCAACCUCCCAUUCCCGUCCCACAUGCCCGACGCUGACGCCGACAAGGAGGACCACACCAAUACCCCCAACAAUCUCCAGAUCGAACCCUCCUCCGACACCUUCAACAAUGGCGAUCCCGGUAGCUCUAAGAUGUCCUUCAACACAAGUAGAUGGCCGAAAGCGGAGGUGCAGGCACUGAUCCGUGUCCGGAGCGGGCUGGAGUCGAGGUUCCAGGAGCCGGGGCUCAAGGGCCCACUGUGGGAGGAGGUGAGCGCCACGAUGGCCACGAUGGGCUAUCACCGGAGUGCCAAACGGUGCAAGGAGAAGUGGGAGAACAUCAACAAGUACUUCAGGAAGACCAAAGAAAGGGGGAAGAAGCGACCGCAGCACUCCAAGACCUGCCCUUACUUCCAACAGCUGGACCAGCUUUACUCCAAGUCUCUCAACACCAAUCCUAUCACUUCCACCUCUUCCCCUAAUGCAACAAAUGUGAGCACUAUUGCUGCUGCUUCUGGCGCCAAUGAGGGCCAACGAAAGGACAACUCUGAGCUGCUCGACGCGAUCGUGGUGCCGGCGGAUCACCAAAGCUUCAGGUUCUCCGAUAUGGCCGCUUUAGGAUUCGAUUUCAACAGCAGAGGGGACGACAGCGAUCGGGCUGGUGGUGGUGGUGGCGGAACUGCUGCAGAGGGCCCUCUCGAGCCUCGUGUCAGUGAGGAUAAUAACGACGAGGAGGAUGACGAUCAGGGAGGCGGUGACGAGGAGGGAGAAGACGAAGAAAGGGAAGGAGACAGCCAACGACUGCACCAACUCGAUCAAGAGGAGGAAGACCUACAUGACUCGAGCCUCUUUUUCCAACGCCUUCGAUCCUGAUGGCCUCCUCUCUUCUCCCAAGUUGCAUGGCUUGAUGUCUUUUUUGAGGUCAACACCCAUUUGGACGUAUAAAUUAGCAGUACUAACUAGUUUUAGCAGGUGAAUAAUCAUGGGGUGUAUGAUAAACCUAUCAUGCAGAAAUUAUAACUGUACUUUAUCCUACCCACUGCCACUUUCCUACUUUCUCCUCCAUCAACACAGGGUUCAAGACAUCGGUAAUAUCUCCCCCUUUUUCUUUCUGCCUUAGGGUUUGAUUUCCUAUAGCUGUGUGCCGCUGUUGAGCCCCCAUCAUGUCGAGUAAGACCAAAGGUGUUCAUUGUUGUA